AAUGAGUGUCAUUCAAGUUCGGAGAUAGAGAGAGGGCGAGAGGAUGGCUCAUUUGGUGAAGCCUCUAAUGCAGUGGCCGAGAUGGUUGCAUCAGUAUCGUUCUAGCUCAACAUUCCACCACCUCCUCCACUCACAACCUCCAUCCUUCAUCACCACAACACCUUCCUAUAGCCGGAACCUCCAUUUCCGAUCACGCGGUGGUCUCAGGGUGCCCAACGCUCCGCCACCGUCCGAUCUCCGAGACUCCGAUUCCGAUUCAGAUUCAAAUGCCAAGAAGAGCCGGAACGAGAAGAAGCGUGAGGCUCGCCGAGCCGUCCGAUGGGCAAUGGAACUCGCUUCCUUCUCUAACUCUCAAAUCAAACGAAUUAUCGAGGUGGCUUCGCUUGAGGAAGACUUGUUCGAUGCACUGGUGCUAGUGAAGACAUUCGGUCGUGAUGUCCGAGAAGGAAAGCGGAGACAGUACAAUUAUAUAGGAAGACUGCUAAGGGGAGUGCAACCCGAAUUGAUGGAUUCUUUAAUUCAGGCCACAAGAGAUGGUGACCAGAGUAGGCUGCAAGCUUUAUCUGGUACAGAAACUCAUGCCAUUAAAGAUGAUAAUGAUGAGGCACUUGAAACUGAAUAUGAAGAGGAAGAGGAGGGGUCCAAUAAUUACGUUGAUACAGCAACCAGAUGGUUUGAUGGCCUAAUUGCUAAGGAUAUCGAUAUCACAAAAGAGAUUUAUUCACUUCACAGUGUUGAGUUUGACCGUCAGGAAUUACGCAAACUUGUCCGGAAGGUACACUCUACGCAAGAGCACAGGGUCACUUGUGAGGAAAAUGAAGGGCAAGUAGAUGCAGCACUAGAGGGUGCUGAAAGGGCUCUGACCCGUUUCCUUCAGGCUAUUGCAAAGAGCAUGCCAACUGAAUAGAUUUAUUAUUAUUUUGUACCACUAGACACAAUUUACAAAUCUUCAGAGAAAAGGAAUUCAGGCUGAUUGGGGGAAAAUGUAGGAGGGCAGGGUCUCUUGGCGAGGAAAAUGAAGGGCAAGUCGAUGCAGCAUAGCAGGUGCCAACAGGGCUCUUGUCCACUUCCUUUGGUCCAUUUCAAAGAGGAUGCCAACUGAAUAGCUUUAUUAUUUUGAUUAAUUAUUAUCUUGUACCAUCAAAUAGAAUUCAGGCUAAUUGGGGGAAAUGUUGUACCUUAGCUCGCAUUGUCCUUGGUUAUGUGGCAACCUUCAAAUCAGUAUUCAUUUUCCGGUUCUUUUA